CUGUCGGCUCUCCGUCUGACGUCACUUUGUGUUGACGUGUGGUUUGGAGCUUAGCUAGCUGCUAGUUAGCCCACUCCAAUGAGAAAAGGCGGCUCUGCGAGCUGGUUCUCCUGCAGGUAGAGUCAUUCGGUGGAAACGAUGGCGGCUGACUGGGAGGAGAUUCGGCGGCUCGCUGCGGACUUCCAGAGGGCUCAGUUUGCGGACACCGUGCAGAGGCUGUCCGAGAGGAACUGCAUUGAGAUCAUCACCAAGCUGGUGGAGGACAAGAAGCUGGAUGUGGUGUUCACUCUGGACGGGAAGGAGUUCGUCACCCCGGCUCAGAUCAGCAGGGAAAUCCGGGAUGAGCUCUACGUCCAUGGAGGCAGAAUCAACAUUGUGGAGCUCCAGCAGAUCAUCAACGUGGACUGGGUUCAUGUUGAAAACAAAGCGAGUGACAUUGCAAAGUCAGAUAGAGGAGCUCAGCUGGUUCUGGGUCAGCUGAUCGAUGACUCGUACCUGGAACACCUGGCAGAGGAGGUGAAUGACAAGUUACAAGAGGCGGGGUUGAUCAGUAUAGCAGAACUGUGUAAAAGCUACGACCUCCCGGGUGAUUUCCUCACCGAGGAGCUGUCCAAACGUCUGGGGAAGCUCAUCCAGGGGGAAAUGGACCAGUACAACCGAGGUGUCAUCUUCACUCCAGCGUUUGUGGCCCGUCACAAAGCCAGAAUACGAGGCCUUUUCAGUGCAAUCACAAGGCCCACACCCAUCAGCACCAUGAUUGGAGCCUUUGGAUUUCAGGAGCAUCUUCUGUACUCGGUUCUGGAGGAGUUGGUGAUCUCUGGACGUCUCAAAGGAAGUGUGGUAGGAGGCCGACAGGACAAAGCCGUGUACAUCCCUGAUAUCUACGCCAGAACACAGAACUCCUGGGUGGACUCCUUCCUCCAGCAAAAUGGAUAUUUAGAGUUCGAUGCCUUGCUCAGGCUCGGGAUCCCGGACCCGUCGGGCUACAUUAGGAAGCGUUUCAAGUCCAGUAAGCUGUUGUUUCUCAGAGCAGCCUGUGUGGGUCAGGCUCUGGUGGACCAGGUGGAGGCCUCUGUGGAGGAAGCUGUCAGCUCUGCCACAUGGACAGACCUUCAGCCGAUCCUGCCCAGCUGCCUGUCUGUGGAGGACACGGGGAUGCUCAUCAGCCAGGCCAUAAGAAACACGAGUACCCAGUCUUCAGCCAGACUGCUCGGGGGGGCCGUGGUUGUCAGUGAGAAGUUCAUCAGUAGCUGUCUGACGUUGUUUGACGAGGCCCUGCAGCAGAAAGCACAAACGGAGGUGAAAAACAAUCCCGUGUUUCUGGUCACCGAAGAGGAUCUGAAGCAGGCGUCCAUCCUGACGGAGAGCUCGGCUCCCUCCAAGAAGGAGAAAAGAGAAGCCGAGCGCAGGAAGAAGGCUGCAGAGGGCAGUGGCAGCAAGGCAGGAGGAGGAGGAAGCAACGCCAGAGAGAUUCGCAUCCGUAAAACCAAGAAGAAAGGGAGAAGGGAGGAGGACAGCGAUGAGGACUAUGUACCCUCACAGCAAAGUCGUAGCAAACAGGCUGAAAGCCCUUUCAUGACCCAGGAGGAGAUAGCCUGUGUUCUAGAGAAGAGACUCGGUGACUGUCCUGAGGAGGUCCUCUCUGAGCUGGCAGAACAUUUACUCAGACCUCUAACCAAGAACUACCAGGAGGUGCUGAGGACAGUGUUCAUGUCCUCCAGCAGCUCAGCAUCAGGGGCCAGUAAGAAAAAGAGCAUGAAGGACCUGCAGGAGGAGAUCACCAACCUCUACAACAACAUCCGCCUGUUUGAGAAAGGAACCAAGUUCUUCUCUGAUGAGACCCAGGUCCACAUCACCAAGCACAUCCUGAAGACCGUGUGCACAGAUAUGACCAACAUUCUGGUGAACUUCCUGGCUGCAGACCUGAUGAUGUCGGUGGAGAAUCCCUGCACCAUCACCAACGAGGUCAGAGUGAAGAUCUUGGGGAAACUGUCAGAGGAGACCAAAGGACCUCUCUUGAAGCUGCACAACUCUCUGAGUGGAAAAACCCUGGAAGACUUCCUCUUCAACCUGGAAACGUGUGCUGAGGUCUGCAGCUUCAUGCUUAAAAAGGGGGACAAGAAAAAGGAGAGACAGGCACAGUUCCUGCACCGCCAGGCUCUGACUGAACAGCUGAAGGAGACCGAGGAUCCAGCUCUGGUCCUCCACCUCACCAGCGUGCUGCUCUUCCAGGCCAGCACCCACUGCAUGCUGCAUGCUCCGGGCCGCUGUGUUCCUCAGAUCAUCGGCACGCUCACGGGCAAAAUACCCACUGAGCAGCAGCACCUUCUGUCAGCCUACCAGAGCCUAGUGGUGAAGCAACUCGUGAGUCAGAGUCAGGACCGGAAGGAGGAGCAGGACCAGGAGGAGGCCCAGGGCAUCCGCGCACAGCUCAGGACCAUGACCCCCCAGGUGAAGGACCUGGUACUCUCCCAGAAGAAGGCAUCUGUCUCUGAAGACUGAAUGAUUAAAACAGGAGGAGGAACUAUACAGACGCUCGGUGGAUAGUUUUACGAUCUUAUUGCUGCUCAGUCACUUACUAAUCCUGCAGUUUGUUAAAAAUUCAUGUCAAUUUAAUAAAGCUGCUGUGUGGGCUAGAAGUUCUGACCUGAA